UGCUGUGGGAGGGGCUGGCCACGGAGGCGCGGACAGGGCAGGACUAUGGCUUCUGCGGCGACAGAGGCCAAGAAGGGGUCUCCGGUCGUGGUGGGACUGCUGGUGGUGGGCAACAUCAUAAUUCUGCUGGCAGGCCUGGCCCUGUUCGCGGAGACGGUGUGGGUGACCGCUGACCAGUACCGCGUGUACCCACUGAUGGGCGUCUCGGGCAAGGAUGACGUCUUUGCUGGCGCCUGGAUCGCCAUCUUCUGCGGCUUCUCCUUCUUCGUGGUGGCCAGCUUUGGGGUGGGCGCAGCGCUGUGCCGCCGCCGGUCCAUGAUCGUCACGUACCUGGUGCUCAUGCUCAUCGUCUACAUCUUCGAGUGCGCCUCCUGCAUCACAUCCUACACUCAUCGCGACUAUAUGGUGUCCAACCCUUCCCUGAUUACCAAGCAGAUGCUGACUUUCUACAGUGCAGACACAGACCAGGGCCAGGAACUGACUCGCCUCUGGGACCGCAUCAUGAUUGAGCAAGAGUGCUGUGGCACGUCUGGUCCCAUGGACUGGGUGAACUUCACGUCAGCCUUCCGGGCAGCCACCCCGGAGGUGGUGUUCCCCUGGCCUCCGCUGUGCUGUCGGCGGAAUGGCAACUUCAUCCCCCUCAAUGAAGAGGGCUGCCGCCUGGGUCACACGGACUACCUGUUCACCAAGGGCUGCUUCGAGCACAUCGGCCACGCCAUCGACAGCUACACAUGGGGUAUCUCGUGGUUUGGGUUUGCCAUCCUCAUGUGGACGCUCCCCGUGAUGCUGAUAGCUAUGUACUUCUACACCACCUUGUGAGGAACAAGAAGGGAAGGCCACCUGCACACCUCGGCCACCUCCUCCUCCUCCUCCUCUUCCUCCUCCUCCUCCUGUGCCCGUUUCCUCACUUCUCCCCUUACCACCUCCCUCAACCAUCCCUCCCUCCCCUCUGAAGAACUUUCACCAGCUUUCUGAGCCCUGCCAGGACUUGGACAUGUGUACAUGAACCUCUAGCCUUUGACCUCAUUUCACUUUGCUGAUUCCUGGCCCAUCUUUCAGCAUCAACUUAAAGUCCUGCCCUCAGGGGACCGUUCCCGAAUCCCACUACCCCAUCCCCAAGGCCUCUCUUGUAGCUCCCCGAGGCCUCCUGCAUGGUUGGCACUUGUGCUAAAUAGUUCGUGAUUGUUGAUUCUCUGGUAGAGUGCGACUGCCAUGAGGGGAGGGACAAGCUCUGUCCCGGCCACUGUAUUGUCCCCAGCAACGGGACAAGCAUCGAUAGUCAAUAAAUACUGGUUGAAUGAA